AUGGAGCACCUGAAGAAGGGCGAGGUCAACCUGGGUACCUCGAUUAUGGCGGUUACAUUCAAGGAUGGAGUUAUUCUCGGCGCUGACUCAAGAACUACGACGGGCGCGUACAUUGCCAACCGAGUGACGGAUAAGCUUACUAGAGUACACGACACCAUCUGGUGCUGCCGGUCGGGCUCGGCAGCCGAUACACAGGCAGUCGCGGACAUUGUGCAAUACCAGCUGGGCAUGUUUGCGAUGCAGAGCGGCAAACCGCCGAUGACGCAAACCGCGGCGUCCAUUUUCCAAGAACUCUGCUACGCCAACAAGGACCGUCUAUCAGCUGGCUUGAUCAUUGCAGGCUGGGACGAGCGGUUCGGCGGCCAAGUCUACUCGAUCCCGCUGGGCGGAUCGCUGCACAAGCAAGCAUACGCGAUUGGCGGGUCGGGAUCGACGUACAUCUACGGUUACUGCGACGCCAACUGGAAAGAGGGCAUGGAGGAGGCUGAGGCGGUCAGCUUUGUCAAGGGUGCGCUGCGCGAGGCCAUCAAGUGGGAUGGCAGCUCGGGCGGCGUGAUUCGCAUGGUGGUGCUGACGGCCAAGGGCGCGGACCGCCACCUGUACCUGCCCGACACGGACUAUACUGUGCGUCACGACUAA